AUGAGCGUAAAUGUUUUUGAAAAUAUUAGGUGGUAUAUACAUUUUAACGAUAAUACUCUAGAUUUACCUAGAGAUAAUCCAAAUCGUGAUAGAGUUUUCAAAGUUCGGCCACUUAUUGAUGCACUCAACAAAAAGUUUGGCUCUGUACCUAUCGAAGAAAACCUAUCAUUAGACGAACAAUUAUAUCCAACUAAAGCUGUAUCAUACCUCAAACAGUAUCUCCAUCUUAAACCUCAUAAAUGGGGGUACAAAUUAUUUGUAUUAUGUGGUGUUUCUAGUUACGGUUAUAACUUUGAAAUUUAUACCGGAAAUGAAAAUAAAGAAGAUGAACGAAUUAUACGUAAUGAACCAGAUUUUGGAGCUACAGACAACGUCGUUGUUAGAAUGACUAGAAUGAUACCGGAUAACGUACACCACAAGUUAUUUUUUGAUAAUUACUAUACAUCGUUACCAGUUAUGAUAUUUCUUGAAAAAAAAGGCAUUCACACAGUUGGAACGUUUAGACGUAAUCGUUUUCCAAACGUCUGUUUGACAGAUGAUCGUAAAUUGAUGAAACGAUAUUCAGAAGAGUGUUUCACAGUUGUAAAAGAUGUCCCUAUUUCAGCUGUUGCGUGGAAAGACAACAAGAUAGUACACGUAACCUCAACUUUCGUAGGCGAACUCGAUAAAAAUGUAGUGAGUAGAUUUGACAAAAAAAAAAGACCACAAUCAUUAUACCUAGGCCGAAAAUCAUUGAAGUUUACAACAAACAUAUGGGUGGGGUUGACCUCAUGGAUUCUAUGA